GUUUCUACUAAGGUAAAUGAAUCGUGUAGUACGCAAGACGUGACCAAGCCAAUACGAAACAAAAGGUAAGUAGACACCGAAAAGCCUACAGCUGCAGUUCGCUGAAAUCGCAUUUUCACGCCGUACUCUGGACGUUUGUAUUUGUACAAGUGCCGUGCCGUGCAAUCGAACAGUCUGUUCAUUCAUCCAACAUUUUAAAAGACGAUACUAGUAUAUGAUGGUAAGGUAGUAGUCUAUGGCAGUAUAGAGCUGUGGUUCGAGCCGCCACCACUUGGCUCACCGAGAACUGUCACUGUGUCUGUAUGUAUGACUAUGACGUCAACAAAUUACAGUCGCGCACAAGCAAUUCUAUUGUCAUCAUCAAAUUCCCUGUCCCAUUUCAUUGUUGAAAAAACCAGCUAAAGACCAAAGAGCGAUAGUGGAUCCAAGUGAUUUAUCGACCAUCAUACAGUGAAUUAUUUCAGAAAUACAAGAUGGACCUGGCUCUGAGUUUAUUUGGAAAUCACUCUACAGAAGGAUAUAUUUCUGGAAAAGAUAUUGCAUCGAACUCUCAGGUUGCUUGUGCUGAGGAUGAUGAUGGGGAAUUCCACAUUGACGUGUCUGAAGGAAUAACCAUAUCUGGAGAUGGGCAGAUUCCACCAGGAUUAAUUAACCCAGGUGGACCUUUUUCCGCACUUAUUCCUUCCAUGGUUCCACAAGAGAUCUUAGUUAAAUUAAACAGUACUAAUGAUACUGAUGACCCAAAUGAACAACCAGAGUUUAGAUUUGAUGAAUUCGGAUUUCGAGUGGAGGAAGAAGAUGGGCCUGAACCAGUAUCUAACAAAUUAUUGAGCACACCAUUCAUUGAAGAUCCACAGCAAAGGUUGAUGUGGAUUGCAUAUCUGGAAUUUACACACAACACUGAAGUUGGAGAUUUGACAUGGGACAAAGUUCAGCCUCGCUUACUACGCACAGAAAAGCUCUCUAACAUGAUCCGUGCUGGUAUCCCCCAUUCUCUUCGACCUCAGAUUUGGAUGAGGUUAUCUGGUGCGCUGGAGAAGAAAAUGAAUUCGGAUGUCUCUUACAAAGAAAUAGUCCGAGCUUCCUCCAAUGAUCACUUAAUGGUUUCAAGGCAGAUUGAAAAAGACCUUUUACGAACAUUGCCGAGCAAUGUCUGCUUUUCUCUCAGUCAAGGAACGGGAAUCGCAAGAUUACGUCGAGUGUUACGAGGCAUCGGAUGGUUGUAUCCCGACUUGGGUUACUGCCAAGGAGUUGGUGUAAUCGCUGCCGUUUUCCUACUACUUCUCGAAGAAGAGGAUGCCUUUUGGUUACUCUGCGCCAUUGUAGAAGAUUUGCUCCCAGCUUCAUACUAUACUCCAUCUUUAAUAGGUGUCCAAGCAGAUCAACGAGUAUUACGGCAGUUACUUGUUAAUUUUUUGCCUUCAGUUGAUACUCUUUUACGAGAUCAUGAUAUCGAACUCUCUCUUAUCGCCUUGCCAUGGUUCGUUACUCUGUUUACUUCGGUGUUACACAUCCGUGUGUUACUGCGCGUUUGGGAUUUGUUUUUCUGUGAGGGUUCAGUGGCUAUCUUUCGAAUCGCCUUAGCUAUGAUACGAAGCCACGAGCCGCAGCUAAGGGAACUGCAAAAUUCAGCAGACAUUUUCAAUGCGUUGUCCGAUUUGCCUCGAACGAUCCACGAAGUUGAUGAGCUAUUAGACGUGGCCUAUUCUCUAGCUGGAUCUUUCAGCGAUGUCACUUUAGACAGUUACCGUCGCCGUCAUCUGGCCUAUCUGAUGUCAGAUCGUGGUACAUUAGUAGGUAAUCCUGAAUCGGCAGCCAAUCUUCCUAAGCAGCAUUUGAGCCGGAGAAAAGUUAAGACUUCACGCCCACUACUUCAAAUGUUACUAUUUGGUGAUGAAGACGAUCAAGAUGACAUGCGAUCUAAAAACAUUCGUCAAACUGAGGUCCUUGUGGAUUUACGUGAAGCAGUUCUUCAGAUAGGACGUCAUUUCCAACUUGCAGAUGCAAGGCUAGCGCAUCUACCUCUAACACCGGAUUAUUCUAUGGAGAGUCAUGGCCAAGAUCACGAGAUUUACGCCGGAGUGAUGCGUAGUAAAAAAAGGCGUGCAAAAGCAUUAUUGGAUUUUGAACGGCACGAUGACGAUGAACUUGGCUUUCGCAAAAAUGAUGUUAUAACAGUUAUCAGCCAAAAGGAUGAAGACUGCUGGAUCGGAGAGUUGAAUGGUCUUCGUGGUUGGUUUCCCGCUAAAUUUGUGCAACUACUUGACGAACGCUCUAAACAGUACAGCAGUGCCGGGGACGAUUCUAUCAAUGAAAAUAUUGCCCAUUUAGUCCGGGGCACUCUUGCACCCACAAUCAAACAAGUUUUAGAACAUGGAAUGAAAAAAGCUUCCAUUUUAGGUACAACCUGUCAUCCUUGGUUGUUUAUUGAGGAAGCUGCUAGCAAAGAAGUGGAGAAAGAUUUUGCUUCAGUUUACUCUAGACUUAUUCUAUGUAAAACAUUCCGGCUGGAUGAGGAUGGAAAGGUUCUCACCCCAGAAGAGCUUUUAUACCGAUGUGUCCAAGCUGUUAACAUCUCGCACGAUGUUGUUCAUGCUCAAAUGGAUGUAAAACUGCGAAGUCUUAUUUGUAUGGGUCUCAAUGAACAGGUUCUCCAUCUCUGGCUUGAAGUCCUUGGUUCAAGCAUCAGUACCAUCCAAAAAUGGUAUUAUCCAGGCAGCUUUCUGGCCAGUCCUGGUUGGGUGCAGGUCAAAUGUGAUCUAAGAGUCCUGACUCAGUUUCCUUUUAACCUCAACCUUGAGUGGGAGCUACCGGUCAACAAAAAGAGCGUCAACAGACAACCUUUGAAGGAAGGAGUACGCGACAUGCUAGUGAAACAUCACCUUUUCAGCUGGGAUUUGUGAAGAGACGCAGUCUCGCGCUUUAAAAUUUAUAGUUGUUUUUCUCUCCAACACACGUCCGCAUACUACUAUUUAUAUAUAACUUAUUGUUCGGCAAUCUGAUUCACACUUCAGUCCUAGUCUGCAUUUUCUGCCUUUUAAAAAAACCAUAAUACAUAUUUUUUGAGUGUUCAAAAAAUAAACAUGACAACUUCAUAUCA